AUGGAUUAUCUUUCAUUAAAAUUCAUCGAACCAUAUUGGUUUAGUUUUGUAGAUUAUUGGGGUGAAGACUUUCUCAUUACUUAUGGCACAUUUAUUGCCCACGAAGUCUUUUACUUUGGCUCCUAUAUUCCAUUCUUUAUCUGUGAUUUUAUCCCAUACUUAAAAAAAUAUAAAAUUCAACCAAAUAAAGAAAAUAAUAUGAAAUUACAAUUUAAUUGUGUAUUAAAAGUUGUUUUAACUCAUAUUUUCGUUCAAUUACCAAUGAUGUAUGUUUUCGACCCAGCUAUUAAAGCUUCAGGUUUAAGUGCUAGAGCUCCAUUACCAUCUAUUCCAUAUUUAUUAUUAACUAUAAUAUGUUCAUUCAUCAUUGAGGAUUUCUAUUUCUAUUGGGUUCACAGAGCUUUACAUCAUGGUAUCUGGUAUAAAUACAUUCACAAGGUUCAUCACGAUCAUGCUUCUCCAUUCGGUAUCACUGCCGAAUAUGCCCAUCCACUCGAAACUUUAAUUCUUGGUGCUGGUACUGUCAUUGGUCCAUUCAUUUUCUCUCGUGACCUUUUCACUCUUUGGGUUUGGUUAGGCACUCGUUUAUAUCAAACUGUUGAAUGUCACUCUGGUUAUGACUUCCCAUGGAGCAUCACAAACUUAAUCCCAUUCUGGGGUGGUGCUCAUUUCCAUGAUUUCCAUCAUGAAACUUUUGUUGGUAACUACGCUUCAACCUUUACCUAUUUAGAUAAAGUUUUUGGUACCUCAUCUAAAUAUUAUUCAAGACAACAAAUCAAAGAAUCAAGAAAGCAUGCAGCCCAAGGCAAAUCUGAAUAA